AACUUGCAGUGAAAAUGAUGAAAUGGCAAAUUAUAACUAUUUUAUUCAUAAUAUCGUGUUUGAUAUUUAACGAAGCAAUCCAAUACAAAAUUUCGGAAGACAAACAAUUAAGCUAUUUUGAAGAAAGUACGUCGAGAAAAGCUGAAGAAAAUAGAUACUUGGAAUUAUUAAAAAAUAAUUAUGAAAAUGGAUAUAAAUUGGAUAAAGACAUAACAACAGCUGCUGCUGCUAAUGGGUACCUAGAAUGUUUAAAAUAUGCACAUCAAAAAGAAUACCCAUGGGAUGAAAGUACAACACAAGCAGCUGCAAAUAAUGGUCAUUUAGAAUGUUUAAAAUAUGCUUAUGAAAAUGGCUGUAAAUGGAAUAAAUUUAAUAUUGCAAAAAAUGCCAUUACAAAAGGUAAUCUAGAAAUAUUAAAAUAUGUUCACAAAAACGGAUACGAAUUCAAUGAAAUCACAAUUAAUAUGGCUGCCACAUGUAAUCUAGAAAUUUUAAAAUAUAUACUUCAAAACGGAUACCCAUGCAAAAAGAGUACAACUUAUAAUGCUGCCUUAAUUGGUAAUCUAGAAAAUUUAAAAUAUUUACAUGAAAAUGAUUGCCCGUGGGAUGAGAGCACGACAGAAGCAGCUGCUUUAAGCGGUAAUUUAGAAUGCUUAAAAUAUGCUUAUGAAAAUGGCUGUAAAUGGAAUGAAUUAAAUAUUGUGAAAAGUGCAAUUACUAAAGGUAAUCUAGAAAUAUUAAAAUAUGCUCACAAAAAUGGAUACGAAUUCAAUGAAUUCACUACUACUGUGGCUGCAACAGGUAAUCUAGAUAUUUUAAAAUAUGUCCUUAAAAAUGGAUUCCCGUGCAAUAAGAGUACAACUUAUGUUGUUGCGAUAUAUGGUAAUCUAGAAAAUUUUAAAUAUUUACAUGAAUGUUCAUGUCCGUGGGAUGAAAGAACUUUAGAAGUAGCUGCUUAUAAUGGUAAUUUAAAUAUUUUAAAAUACGCACAUGAAAAUGAAUGUCCGUGGGAUAAAAGCACAACGGAAGCAGCUGCAACUAAUGGUCAUUUAGAAUGCUUAAAAUAUGCGUAUGAAAAUGAAUGNAUGAAAAUAAUUGUCCGUGGGAUGAAAGCACAAUAG